CACCUCCAGAGAUCAGCUGACUAUGACUCCAGCUGCUUGAGAAAGAAGCUACUCUGUGAAAUCAAACCUUAUGAACGGCACAAGCUGUUUAUUUUAACUAUCAAACGUAUCAAAUCAUUAGUAUUGUUUUUGUUUAUUAACAUAACGCAGCAUGCUGUAUUAAAGUGACGCCUGUAACCGGUUUGGAUUCUGUGAAGAUUCUGUGAAGUAAAUGUUAAUACGGUCCAGUGGAUUGAUGUACUGUCUGAAGUAGAGCUAUGGCAGAGUUCUGGUUGAUAUCUGCUCCCGGUGAGAAGACAUGUCAGCAGACGUGGGACAGGAUGAAUGCGGCCACCAGUCAUGCAAACAAUUUGUCCACCAACAGCAAGUUCAUUAUUCCAGACCUUAAGGUGGGAACACUGGAUGUGCUUGUCGGUCUGUCUGACGAGCUCACCAAACUGGACUCAUUUGUGGAAAGUGUGGUGAAGAAAGUAGCCCACUACAUGGCUGAUGUUUUAGAAGACAGCAGAGACAAAGUCAUGGAAAAUCUUUUAGCCAGCGGUGUUGAUUUGGUGACUUACCUCACAAGGUUCCAGUGGGAUAUGGCCAAGUAUCCGAUCAAACAGUCCCUGAAGAAUAUCUCGGAAAUCAUCUCAAAACAAGUGACUCAAAUAGAUAACGACCUGAAAGCCAGAGCUUCAGCAUACAACAGUAUAAAAGGCAACCUGCAGAACCUGGAGAGAAAGAAUGUGGGGAGUCUAUUGACAAGGAGUUUAGCUGACCUCGUGAAGAAAGAGGAUUUCGUGCUGGACUCUGAAUAUCUCACUACUCUGAUUGUAGUUGUUCCGAAAACAGGUUAUGCUGACUGGGAGAAGUCGUAUGAAACCCUCUCUGAAAUGGUGGUCCCACGAUCUUCAAAAUUGCUUUUUGAAGACCAGGACAGUGGGCUCUUCAGUGUCACCCUCUUUCAAAAGGCGAUAGAUGACUUCAGACUCAAGGCCAGGGAAAAUAAGUUCAUUGUGCGUGACUUCCAGUACAACGAAGUUGAGCUGAAGGCUGACAAAGAGGAGAUGACACGGCUCUCCACAGACAAGAAGAAACAGUUUGGUCCGCUGGUACGAUGGCUGAAGGUGAAUUUUAGUGAAGCAUUCAUCGCUUGGAUACACAUCAAGGCUCUCCGGGUUUUUACUGAAUCAGUUUUGAGGUAUGGAUUGCCAGUGAAUUUUCAGGCUAUGCUUCUGCAGCCCAAUAAGAAAAACACAAAAAAGCUGCAAGAGGUCCUCCAUGAGCUUUACAAGCAUCUGGACAGCAGUGCCUCUAUUAUUGAUGCCUCCAUGGAUAUACCUGGUCUGAACCUGAGCCAACAGGAAUAUUACCCCUACGUAUAUUACAAGAUUGACUGCAGAUUUCUUGAUUUAAAAUAAAACUACAUCAUGUUUGACACCGCUGAGAAUUUCAGCUUCAAGGGAAUGAUUCAGAAAUUUUGAGCUUUUUUUUUUUCCCCCCCAUAUUUACUCAUUAGAGGUCGGUGCUAUUCACUUUUAUGUAAGUCAGUCAUUUUUGAAACCAUAAUUCAGACAUUUAAACUCUUUUUUUUAAAAUUAUUUAAUUUGAAACAAAUUUGGAAAUAAUUAAAUGGACCCAAACCCCUCAUUAAGGUUUUGGAAAUGGACUCAACUGUAGUAAAAGUCCAAUUUACUACAAACUUUAGUUCUUUUGGCUUAAAAAUUCUAAACCAUUCCUUUAAUUUCUGAAUCAUAUUUUCUCUUUGUUACCUUUCUCCUACCCAGUGUAAAUGUUAAUAAUUAAAUCCAGAGAUUUGGUCGUUUUCUUGCUUGUGUAGUGAUUUAUAAUUGGUUUAUAUACGUUUAUACACUGGAAAAAUAUUCCCUUUAACGCUGCUGUUCAUGGUAUCACCAUUUGGGAUUUUUGCUACAAAAGUAUGUUUAUAGAUUCUGUAAUUGUGGUUUUGUCAUUAUGAGGCUAUAUUUGUAAUUUUUGAGAUUUGCCACUUAAAGAAAAUUUUCUUAAUGUGCUUUAAUAAAACAUCAAUAAAUGUUUGUAAAUCUA